UGCCUGUCGUAGUAGCUAGGGACACUGACUAUUGUGUACGCGCACUCAAUGCAUAAUAAUUCUUUAGACGGGGAAUUGUAGGCCUAUACAUACACCUAAAACGGCCAUCAUGCUUUUCAUCAUGCGAGUUUUGCUGUUGGUCGGUUGCUGUUUUUACGGAGUACUUGGCGAUGUGUCACAAAGCCAGUGUCCGUGCAAAGACCCAUCGCACUGUCAACUCGUCAAGGCACCGCCUCGAAAAGAGUUAUUUGUUUUCCGGACCGGCGAUAAAGAUGAUUGGAAGCAAUACGAUUGGUCGUACAUCACUACGGUGGCCGUGUUUGGACCUUACGACCCAGAUCUCAUGUGCUAUGCACACUCCAAGGGAGCGAGAUAUGUAUUUUCGGCUGAUUAUCCAGCAAAGCAGCUAAACAACGCCACCGCGCGGUCAGCCUGGGUCAAGCAGCAGGUGAACACUGCCCUCUCUGGGUUCUUGGACGGUAUCAACAUUGACUUCGAGGCUACACUAAGCGAGAGCGAGGCUCCUGACCUCGUGGCCCUGGUGAACGAGACUGCAAAGGCGUUCAAACAGGCCAACCCACACGCCCAGAUAUCUUUUGACACCCCGUACGCACCCGGAUGUACCUGGGGCCGUUGCUAUGACUACAAGAACCUGUCCGAAUCCUGCGAUUUCCUCGUUCUCAUGAAUUACGACAUGAAUGCCGAUGCCGACAUGGCAAUAUCAAACGACCCCUUCCAACGCAUCAAAAUUGGAGUGGAAUCUUUUCAAGCUGACGGCAUACCAGCUAAUAAACUGGUACCCGCCUUCCCUUGGUAUGGCUACGACUACGAAUGCACGCACGUUCUCAAGGACGACAUUUGCUCUAAAAUCGGUUACCAGCGGUACAAUGCUCCAUCACCUACGCAAGUUUGCUACAGCGGCAUAACUCAAAUGCUGAAGGACCUUAAAAUGGUUGGAACUUUGAACUCCACUUUCGUCUCAAAGUUCUACGAUUACACGGAUAAGACCACGGGAAAGCCCCAUCAAGUAUGGUACGACGACCCAGAGACCCUCACGGUGCGGUACCUGUACGCCAAGCACGCCGAUCUCCGGGGUGUGGCUAUGUGGCAUGCCGAGUGCCUCGACUAUGGGCCCGACCCGGCAACGCAGAAACUCACCAAGGCAAUGUGGGACGCCAUUGAUGAGUUUUUUCAACUCGAAAAAGGUGGAAGAGAAAGUUGCAUUGAAUAACAAGAUUCCAUCUGUGCAAUGGAACAAUAAUUAUUUGUGAGGGGAUCGUUUUUGUUUUAAUUAUUAUUAAGUGAACCUGUCAAAAUGCGUUUAUGCACUGCAAAGAAAAAUAAUAUCAAAUUAUAGGUUUUGCCCUUCGCCGACGUUCAAACACUGUAUACUCAGUGAGAAAUAUGCAUGAUUCAAAGAGAAAUAUGCAUGAUUCUCAAUGAGCGUUUACCAAGCCUCGGCAUUAUCGUAGUUCGGAUUCGUGUUGCAACUUUGCUUUUUUUGAUUUAGAACAUGGACGGCGUCUUAUUGAUUCUGGAGGGUGCACACCGGUAAAUCCAUCCGCCAAGCUCAUGAAUAAAAGUUAUACCCUCAAAAUUAGAGAGUUCUGAGCGCCGUAAAAUUGGGAAAUUGAAGAGAUAUGGUAAUGAACCUCUGGCCCGGACUUGGGGCUUCCAAUUCUGAGCAUUUUGGAUGCUAUUGGGCUCGAAAGUGGCGCUAUUUUGCCAUGUUGUGGAGGGAUCGUUUUUCAAGAUGGCUACUUUUCCGCUUUGGAGAAAAUAAGGGUGGUCCUCUUUGGGUGAAAAUAUCGCGAAAAGUCAAUUGUCAACCCACCAAAAAAUGAAAAGAAAACGAAAGAUUACAUGUUGAUCAUCAUUUUUCUGUGCAGCUUGAAUACCUGUGAGAGUUCUGAGUAUUUUUAAAAGAAUUUUGAAGUAUGGGCAUUUAGCACUAGUGUCUAUGGGAAUUUAUUUGCACUGUUGCAUCCUGGAGCCAGAGUUGUGAAGCCGAAGCGAUGACAAUGAAGUCGAGGUUUUAUAUAAACUCGACAUUAACUUGAUUUGGUGUGGAGUCGUAUUAUUAAUUUUUAUGCAGAGAAUGAAGUGUGCUGGCCAAAUUAUAACUUCAUAUAAAGGCUGAAUAAGUGAUUGAUUGUUGAUGAUCUUUUACGAGAAGGUUGAAAUUCUGGGCUUAUGAUCGGGAACGCCCACUUGUAUGUUUUAUGUGCUAGGCUAUAUACAGAGGGCGCUCUUCAACAUUAAUUACCGCCAUGUACUUGAUGCUUUUGUAAAUGUUUGCUUUUUCACAUAGGCUGCCUCAAUUUUGAUAUGAAAUCAAUAAUUUAAAAAUAACUGUGUCACGUUACAAAAAUAAUGACUAUAAAUGAGAACCACACACACAUAAAAGCAAUUGAAAUUGUGCGAAUACCCACUGGCAUACACCUAUUAUCGUACGAUCAUAAGAUCAACUUUGAUGCUACAAAGUAAAUACCAAUUAGAAUCAACUUUGCUAUGGUAAUUGGACUUUUGAAUUUGAUUUCGCGUAUCUCAUGACUUGUGUAACUUUACAUAUUCCUCCUGGACCCCCAAAUAAAUUAACAUAACAGUAAUUCUGUCGUACAGACCCAUAUGUUGCUCUGUAAGAUGA